GCAAAUGAAAUGAACGCAGAAAAUAAAAUAAGGGUAUAUGUAUGCCUUUAGCUACCUACAUGAAGCUAGCCGGAAGCAUGCAGUGGGUAUCUCUCCUUGACACCCCGGACACCAUAUUGUCGGUAUACAUACAGAAUGUCGCCGGUACUUCGGGGCCGCUGACACCUCAAAAUAACAUGUCGGUAUACAGAGAGUGCUACCGAUGCAUCGGGGUCUCUGACAUCCGAAGAUAUCAUGUCCGUAUACAGAGAGCACUAUUGAUGCAUCGGGGUUCCUGAUACCCCUGACACGCCAUUUUAGCGGAGAUAAAAUAUGCAUAUAUGUAUAUGUAUAAGAAAGAUAAGAUGUAUAGUGAUGUGCGCGAUGUGACGUGCCCAGACGUGCCGUGAGGUAAUCAAAAGCUUCACCGCGAAGCCUUCAAGAGACAAUGGUUAUUCUUACAGUCGUUCCAAGUCGUUCCAAGUCGUUCCAAGUCGCUGGAUGGUGAAGAAUGAGUUUCUGUUUCUGUCAUGUUCGCGUCAAUUGUAAAUACAUAAUAACCCAGUGCAGUUUUUUCAAAUGUGAAAAAAGAUAUAGAUAAGAAUAAAAUUGUUGCUUUGCUUCACGAAUGACAAGUGAUAAGAAACGGAAAGUUUAUCACACAAUGUCGGCAUUGAAAGAAUAUGUAUGUCAAGUUUCGGCAGAGGAGAAAGCGUAUAUGGCGGAAUAUUUAAACGAAACUGACGAAAUCAGACCAAUCAAGGUCGCGGAAAUAAGACAAUGGAUCAUGGAUACCGAUGAUCUACACGCGCCUACUGAUGAUUUUUCAAUCCUGCGUUUUUUAAGAGCAUGUAAAUUUAACAGUGAAAAAACGAAAUGCAAGUUGCGCAACUAUUACAAGCAAAGAAGAAACCUGCCCGAAUGGUACAGCAACAGAAAUCCAUUUCUACCAGAAUUGCAGGAACUCUUUGAUCUUGGGGUAUUUUUACCUUUAAAGAAAUUGGAUAACGAGGGAAGGAUGGUGGUAAUAAUACGCGCAGCUGCGCACACUCCCAGUAGACACAAAAUGUCAGACAUGUUGAAGGCAUCAUUGAUGGCUCUGGAUUUAGCGUUACGAGAUCAUGAACCAGUAACGAUUCAUGGUAUAACAGCUAUCUUGGACCUAGGUGAUUUUACAUACGAGCAUGUUCUUCAAUUACCUCCGAGCGUGAUUAAGAAUCUAGUUCACGCAUGGCAGGGUUGCUAUCCUGUUAGAAUUCACUCGUUGAACUUUAUCAAUGCUCAUAGAUUUGUGAACGCGGUGCUGAACAUUUUCAGAGGCUUCAUGAACUCGAAAUUGAAACAAAGAAUACACGUGCAUCCUCGUGGUAAACUAAAAUUGUACGAAAGCUUGCCAAUUAGUAUUUUACCAAAGGAAUACGGUGGUACGAGCGAUACAGUCAAAGAAUUAAGCGAGUAUUGGAAGCGAGUGAUCGAGGACAAUCGCGAAUGGUUCGCCGAAGAAGAAAAAUACAAAUUGACGUUGAUCAAGUAAGAUAAAUUGAAUCUAAUUUGUGUUAACGAGUGUCUUUUGCUUAUGCGAUCGAACAAGUAGUUCAAGACGAGGAAAGUGAUAGGAUAAGAUUCAUAUAUUGUGUAUCUUUUAUAAACAUUUUUAUAUGGAAAAUUAAAGAAAACGAAAAUGUA